AAAAUUUAACGGUGGCAUGUUAAUUUUGUACCUCAGUGUAUUUAAUUCCUUUAAAUUGUCGCAAUAAAAUUAAAAUUGCCGGGUGUAAAAAUCGUCCUGGUGAUGAAGGACAUCGAUUAGGGCUCUAAAUGAAAACUAUCGAGAUGAAAGUAAACCUGCCGUCGCGCUUCUGUCAAAAGUUGUCAGGUUACCCGGCAUCUACAAAAGCAGAAGAUUUGACAACAAAAUAAGAUCCAAAACAACAGAUGAACCCGAUAGCGAAAUGCGUUUUGCUUUCGGCUCUGCUGAGCUUGGCCAAAUGCCGCCAGGCCAAAGACGAAUACCACGAGGAGCUUUUUAUUAAGCCGCUCAACGGCUAUGUUUACGCCUAUUUCCAGUUCACAACCGUGUGGGAAACUCCAAUUAACAAUCACACAUUCGAUCAUUGCCAUCUUUUUCCAAGACCUGUCGGUGAAAUUCUUCAGAGGCAUGACGUCCAAGAGCUCCACGUCAGUCUUACCAAAGGUCUCUGGAGGUAUGAGACUUGGGGCUACCCUGUUGUUUCCGCACCGCCUGGAGCUGAAUUGUGGACAUGGUUCAAGCCCAACACAUCUGAUAUUGACACUAAAUGGAAAGAGCUCACUGGGGCUUUGUCCGGCCUCCUCUGCUCGUCAAUUAACUUCAUCGAUGGGCAGAACACAAUGAGCCCGGAGCUGUCACUUAGGCCUUUAGGCAUUUCGCCGACAAAAGGGGAACCGAUUCUUAAAUAUUCAAGUCUUCCUCGAGAAAUUGUCUGCACUGAAAACUUAACCCCUUGGAAAAAGUUGCUCCCUUGUAAUUUAAAAAGGGGUUUAUCUGCUAUUUUGAACUCGGACCAUAUAUACAACACAAUUUAUCACUCUCUAGGAAUUCAUUUCCGACCAAUCUGCAUGGAUAAAGAAUGUAAGAGAACAGGAUUGGAAUUAGUGCAGUCUGUGUCUCUUGUUUACGAUUUGAUAAUAGUGCGCCAUGCAUUUCCACAAUGGUCCAUACAAAAACUUUUUGGCCAGGGCUUGGUCAAAACUUGCGCCCUUUCAAAAUCAUCAAUGAUAUACAUUGACAUAACAUCAAAUAAGACGGACAACCCUUUUAUUUUGAAACCAAAAAAUUACAAAAUAAUCGAGAGUACAAGAGGUGCUUAUACGACAACUUUAGCUGUUUUUAACAUGGAAGAAUUGAACUCUCUCAUAUUGUAUAACAUUGAAGUCACUUAUAUCAAUGCUAAAAAAAUGUACCCAGUCAACAUCCCACCAGUAGUUUAUGCUAAUCGAUAUAUAACAGGCUAUGGUCAAGAGUUUGGAGGUGUAACAACAAAAAUCCACAACCGCCACUUCCAACCGGUUCAGAUAUUAUUUUUAGAAAACAUACCUUGGUUUGUUCCAGUUUAUUUUCACUCGUUGAAGAUAGAAAGCGGUGGAAAACAAAUACAGCCUAUCAUGAAGAAGUACUUCCCUGGGAAAGAGAGAAGUCGGCCUUAUUACAUGGAGCUGCUUGUCGAGCUACCACCUCGUUCGGUCACUUUUAUUUCAAUCAAAUUCGAUUACGCCUUCCUCAGGUGGCAGGAAUACCCUCCAGAUGCAAACCAUGGUUUUUACAUGGGAUCUGCUAUGAUAACAGCAAUGCUUCCCAUCGCUAAAAAUUACACAUCGCCCCCUAGAGACAAAUCUCUGUUUGCUGAUGGUUUUAAUGCAUCAAGGCCUAAUUACCCUAUUCGUGUUACCACUGAGGUUUUGAUAAUAUCACUGCCAACACCAGAUUUCAGUAUGCCGUACAAUGUCAUCUGCUUGGCUUGUACUGUAGUGGCUUUGGCAUUUGGCCCAUUACACAACAUCACUACUAAAAAUUUUGUCUUUGUAAAGAGUACAGUCAAGAAAGGACUCAUUCGAAUCCUCCUGUACACCAUAUUCGACAAAGUCGGAGAAAUCACAGAUUGCCUUUACAAGAAGUACCAGGCUAGGCGAGCAACCAAAGUCGAGGAGACGUUACAAGAAAAAGGAGGUACACCUGUGGACAGACAGUCUGACAACGAGAGUGAACAUGAACGUAAAGAAUGUGAGCAAAGUGAAGAGAAAAAUGCUGAAGGUGUUUCUUAAAAUACUUUUUAAAUGGCAUUUUUCGAUAAUUGAGAAAGACUGCCAAACCGGACAAAAAAAAAUGUCCAGACUAAUUAAAAAAGGGCUAACAUUUCUGUUCUAAAACUAGUCUGAUUUGAAAAGGACUAUACUUUUGAAAAAAAAAAUGUUUUUCACCUCCAGGCUAGGCUUAAUUAUUUAAAAAAAUUUAAGUUUAAUUGAAGGUUAAUAUUGAUGUUAUCAACAAAUCCUAAUCUGUGUUGAAAACAUGUUGAACGGGCACACGGUCACUUGUUGGAUCCAACUCCACUCGCAGGUUUUUGAGUUAUUCAAACGUGUUCAGCAUUGCACCAUCUUCAUUGAGGAACAACUUCUUCAAGAUGGUGCAAUGCUGACAUGUGUUUGAAUAACUCAAAAACCCACGGAGGAGACAGACCCGUAAGUGAUCCUGUACUUGUUCAACACGAGUUCACUGACUUGCAGACUAAACUCAACUCUCGAGUUGAAAAAUUAAGGCUUUUCAUCUUUUUGCAUGUUUAAUAAUAAAAAAGAGGGAUUUGAUAUGGUGUUAGAAAAUUGCUCCCCUAGUACCAUUAUCGUCAUAAACAAUUCUUAAUAGUAUCUUACAUUAUAAACUUGCUUUAAAACACUAUUCAAACACUAUUUUUGGUUGUUUACAUUACUUAUUACUUGAUUAGUUAUCGUAGCAUCAAAUGCUGUGACUAUGCUAGGCCACCACAGAAUCAAACGCCACAUCUACAAAAUCAUUUUUUUUUUUUUUUUUUCUUUGGGCUGGAACACACUUCAUCUAUCAACCGUAGUAUUACGUCAGUUGUCGCUUUUCUUCUAGUACAGUCAAAUUGCGUGACCAACAGGGUUAUCCGACCCUUAAUUGUACAACAAAGGUGUACCAAACAAUACAAGGGUAAUUUGUGGAGGCUCCCAUUUCACAGCCCCCUGUUUUUUUGUCUUUUUGCCAGAGUAAGGUGUAAUAAGCUAUGUCCGUGAUGUGUAACAAACCUAAUAAAUUAUUCUUUGUA